AUGGCUCUCCGCCUAUGGCAUUUGAGAAGCUGGUCAUGGCCUGUGACAUUGAGCAUGAUCUGGAUUAUGAACGUGUACACCAUAUGCUGUUUGGAGCUUCUGCUUGGUCCUGGCUACCUUCGAGGCCUCUGUGCUGAGCCCACAUCUCGACAGGCCUUCAAUCCCAAUCUUUGGCAAGAUUAUCCUCUCGGAUGCUGA